AUCGUUCAAAGGCCCAAAGUUACUCUCUCCCAAGUAAAACUUCCUCCACGCACGACGGACGAAUGACCUCAACUUCUGCGGCAUUCUGGUUUCCAGUACUAUACGCUGUGGCGAUAGGAGCCUUGUUCGCUGCCUUCAUCAAAUGGAAUCGGGUAAAGCAAAAGGCUGCUGACCAAGAUGCUCAGUGGGACGGAUACUUUCCAGAAAACACAGAAAAGAUCAUAUAUAAUGAACUCGCUGAAAUGCAUUCUCCUGAAGAUCCCGCCGGUUACAAGCUCUUGACAACCUCUCUAAUGAAACGAGCUCUCACGGACGUGAGGCGCAUUUUAAAGAUCCGAGAAGAGAAGCCUCCGCUUCAGCAGAUGGUUCGUUCGGGUUUGAUGGGAGAAGAUUUGUUGGAAAAGCUGUUGAGGGCGGAGGCAGAGCUGGACGCCGAAGUUCAAGAGGUCAUGGAAGAUGCAGAGCUAUAUAAACCAGGAUGGAGCAAGACCAUUUUCCAAGAAGCCACACAACUGGUCCAGAUUCAGAUGCAACGAGAACAAGCCUUAGAGGCCCAAAGGCUGGCGCAGGAACAGAGUCUUCGUGAUGCAGGGAUACCCGAAGAUGAAACUGCAGAGACACCAGAAGACGAUGGGUCGCCAAAAGAAACGGAUGAGGAGCGCAGACAACGUAUUGCAGAUGAAUUACUGCGGGAGGAAGAGGCAGAGAAGAAGAAGGCUGCCAAAGGUGCAAAAGGUGGAACGCCAAGAGGCAGCAAGACGAAGCGGAAGUCUAAAUAAUGUCAUAUUGUGAAUAUAGAGUUGAGAGGAGUCCUAUUACCCGCCAAGAAGGGGAUUUUCGUUUCUAUGUUACAAGCAUUGGGACAGAAUGCGUGGGGCGUCGAGGAAAGACACCGACGUCAGCACGUAGAAUGUGCUCUUUGUAAUAUAUGGCCAAGCGGUGCAAUCAUACUCAUCGGCCUCGUUGCUGCUGUCAUGCACCACGUCUUCCUGAUCCGUGUUCAUUCCGGUUCGACUGGCUGUGGGGUACUGUUUCGCUUGUUG